AUGGCGCAGCCACGAGAGCAACGUGUUAGUAGAUGGUACUUUGGUGGUACGGCGUCUGCAGGUGCUGCCAUGUGUACUCAUCCUCUGGAUUUGCUUAAGGUUCAUUUACAAACUCAGCAGCACGGUAAGGUUGGCAUUGUUGAGAUGACAAUGAGAAUAGUACGAAACGAUGGUGUUCGUGGUCUCUACAACGGUAUUUCAGCAUCUUUGUUACGACAGAUGACCUAUUCGUUGACACGUUUCGGUAUGUAUGAACAACUGAAGAAACAGUUUCCUGGAGACUCCACUUCUAUUCCGUUCUACCAAAAAGCUGCACUGGCAGGUUUGAGUGGAGCAUGUGGAGGUUUCAUUGGUACCCCUGGAGAUAUGGUCAAUGUACGUAUGCAGAAUGAUAUGAAGUUACCACCUGCAGAAAGACGAAACUAUAAGCAUGCAAUUGAUGGGUUAUUUCGAGUAAUGAGUGAAGAAGGCUUUACAAAGCUUUUUAAUGGAGCCGCAAUGGCCACGUCGAGGGCGAUUUUCAUGACUAUCGGCCAGCUGUCAUUCUACGACCAAAUCAAGCAAAUGGCCAUUGCAACAGGGUACUUUAAAGAUAAUCCAACGACACAUUUCGGAUCUUCUAUUGCUGCGGCAUCUAUUGCAACGGUGUUGACUCAGCCACUAGAUGUUAUGAAAACGCGUAUGAUGAAUGCGAAACCGGGUCAAUUCAAUAGUAUUAUGUCAUGCUUUGUCUACACGGCAAAACUUGGGCCAGCUGGCUUCUUCAAGGGCUUUAUGCCAGCAUGGGUACGUCUCGCACCACAAACGAUUCUUACGUUCAUCUUUUUGGAACAGCUUCGCCUGAAUUUUGGCUAUUUCCGAACUUCUCCACCGAAAUGA